AGGUGUGUGUUUUUUUUUAGAUGUUGUUCGGUGUUGACGGGAUGUACUUCAGAAUCUCUGACAUUUCCGAGGCCACUCAUCGUGCUUUGAAUGUGGUCCAAACAUUGGAAUUUGGAAUGCCAGACAUGCCUCGCUCACGUUUUAUACGUUCGUGUUUUAUACAAAUACAAACCCAACACCGGUUCAAGAUCCAUUUGAUUGAACACCUCCAGCCUUGCAUAGGAGACCAUUCUCGAGGAACUAUUCAUCUUAGGAAAAUGAAUGUUUUGGUUUUCUCAGGUUUGGCAAAAGCAAUGAUGCCUGCUGCAAGGGUUCAAUCCUGGUGCAUAAGACAUGAAGAAUUCAUUGUCAUUUGAAGGCAUUGAAGUUGUGGAUUAAUAUUCCAAAUCUUUGGAAUUGGGGAUGAAGCCGUCGGUCCUGAAAUUUUAAUUAAAAUGUAUUAUCUUGACUUUAUUUUGGUACAUUAUUAUUUGAUGUAUUCUGGAUCAAUCGUUUUUCGCUCAUCAAUUUGGCAUCAAUAGUGGCCUCUUGAACUUGUCUAA